AUGGUACCGGGCACCAUUGCCGGCAAGAUAGUGGGCGGCGUGUGCUCGCUGUCCGGGGUGCUGGUGAUAGCGCUGCCCGUGCCCGUCAUCGUGUCCAACUUCUCCAGGAUCUACCACCAAAACCAGCGCGCCGACAAGAGGAAGGCGCAGAGGAAAGCGCGCCUCGCACGCAUCAGGAUCGCGAAGGCGUCUUCAGGCGCGGCGUUCGUGUCCAAGAAGAAGGCGGCGGAGGCGCGUCUCGCCGCCCAGGAGUCCGGAGUGGAACUGGACGACGCCGGCAGGGACGAGGACAUUUUCGAGUUGCAGCAUCACCAUUUGCUGCGCUGCUUGGAACGCACGACCGACCGCGAAUUCGUCGAGAUGGAGAAUCCUUUCAACGGUGCGGCGAAGAGGCCCGGAUCGCCGUCGCCGCUUGCGUCCCCCGCGCACUCGGGGCGCGCCCCGGCGUUGCUCGCCUGCUGCGCUCGAUGCGGCUGCUGCCCGCAGAAGUACCAGGUCCUGCUAUUAGACCCGGGUAGGAAAGGCCGCGCGCGGGGAAAUCGCCGGUACACUGGGACCUCCCGACCCUCAGACACGUCUGUGUCGGCCGCGCCAAGUGAAGACCCCCUACCACAAGCCUGCGGCAAAUACAUUCCAGCGGGAGGCACGGUCCAGGGCAACCAGACUGGUGUUGCAAUGGACGGGACUUAUCUCGUGGAGGCGUCCUUC